GCGUAUAUAAGGAGCCUGCGAAGGCACGUAGAAACAUUGUUAAGCAGCAGCCGUCGCACCUACAGCCACCAUGAACGCACUGAGCAUCAUCGUCGUUCUCUGCGCCGCCUUCGCCACCGCCAUGGCUGGUAAUGUUGCCCUUGGCUCCGGUCUCGGCUCUGGCCUCGGCUAUGGAGGCUCCGGUCUCGGCUAUGGAGGCUCCGGUCUCGGCUACGGACUCGGUGGUGGUUACGGUGUCAGCGGCGUCGGCAUCGGCAGCAGCGUCGCCCUCGUUCACGGUGGCCCUGCCUUCGCCAAGGCCGUGUCUGGACCAGCCUUCCUCGUGAGGACGGUGCACCACGUCAACAAGCUGCAUAACGGAGGCGCCCUGCUUGCCCACUCAGGCCUCGGUAGCGGAUACGGAGUCAGCUACGGUGGCUACGGUGGAUACGGAGGAUACGGUUAUGGCGGCUAUGGCUACAAGGGCUGAUGCUCACGCAAUGCUUUGUUGCUCCGCUCAUUGCACUCCACGCGAUACAAUAUGAAGCCUCAUCCACCGCUAUACCUAUGUUGGUCCGCAUAUCCUGACGCCUCAAGUACACAAAAGCAGGUGACCUAAAACUGUAGCUGCUGUACAUAAUGCCAGCUCGUAGUAACAUAAAUCAAAGAAGACACAACAAGCAACCUCACAAGAGCUCUUCGACGCCUCGUUUCUACCUCAGGAAUCAAUAAAAAGAUUCUU